UUUCCAGGUAAGGAGUCAUCGGCCAUCGGGACUCUAUACAUAGAGGCGGAAAGGGGUGGCGGAUUCUCUCUCUGCUGCCUGGUUCCUGCAGUCUGCGCCCGGAUCGUUGCCUGUGGGGGUUUUGUCUAGCAAGUCGGAGGUUCCGUCUUCAAGGAAGAGAGAAUGUCGUACCUGCUUCCCCAUCUUCAUUCUGGCUGGGCUGUAGAUCAGGCUAUACUUGCUGAGGAAGAGCGACUUGUGAUCAUUCGCUUUGGACAUGAUUGGGAUGACACCUGCAUGCAGAUGGACGAGGUGCUCGCUUCAGUUGCUGAGACAAUAAAGAAUUUCGCUGUUAUUUAUCUGGUUGAUAUUACAGAGGUGCCUGACUUCAACACAAUGUAUGAACUGUAUGACCCUUCUACUGUGAUGUUCUUCUUUAGGAACAAGCACAUAAUGAUUGACUUGGGUACCGGUAACAACAACAAAAUCAACUGGGCCUUAAAGGACAAGCAGGAAUUCAUUGACAUUGUUGAGACUGUGUAUCGUGGAGCCAGGAAGGGCAGAGGUUUGGUGAUUGCACCGAAGGAUUACUCCACUAAGUACCGCUACUAAAUCAUAUGUAUGGGAAACAAGACCAUGCAUGUGGCCCUGCGUGUACCUCGCAUCAAUUUAUAAAAUGCUCUAGCACACUUGUCAAAUGAAACUAUUAUUGGUUUCCUGCAAUCUUGUGGGCGUGAUGCCUGGAGGUUCCUCAGAACCCCCACAAGAAUAUCUUUUGUCGUGUGCACUUUGGUGUGGAAGAUAUAGUUUUCUGCUUAGGUAUUUGCCCGAGCUUUUGUAA